CGGAUUGGUGCGCGGCGCCGGCCCCCUCGGAGCGCGGCCGCCAUCGGGGCUAUUUGACGUGUCGGUGGGGCCGGGGAAGGGUUUCGUCUCGCCGGGGCCGCCGCCGCCGCCGCUCCGCCGCCCGCUCGGCCCGGCCCGGCCCCGCGGAGCCCGGCGCUCCCCCCCCCCUUUUCCCCCCCGCUGCCCGCCCCCAAAUGAGCGGUGCCCCCGGCGGGCCCCGGCCGAGCCCCCCGCCGAGCCGCGGAGCUGCGGGCGCCCCGUCGCCCCGGCCGCCCCCCGCCGACCCGCUGCGCCAGGCCAGCCGGCUGCCCAUCCGCGUCCUGAAGAUGCUCAGCGCUCACGGCGGCCACCUCCUGCACCCCGAGUACCUCCAGCCGCUCUCCUCCACGCCCGUCAGCCCCAUCGAGCUGGACGCCAAGAAGAGCCCGCUGGCGCUGCUGGCCCAGACCUGCUCGCAGAUCGGCAAACCCGACCCGCCGCCCUCCUCCAAGCUGAACGCCGUGGCCUCCGCCGGGCAGCCCGCCGCCGAGAAGGAGCCCAGCGCCCGCCCCGCCGCCCUGAAGCCGCCGGGCAGCGGGGACGCGCCGCCCGAGGACAAGUCGAGCUUCAAGCCCUACUCGAAGGGCGGCGGGGAGCAGCGCAAAGAGGGCGGCGCGGACAAGGCCGGCUUUCGGGUGCCCAGCGCCGCUUGCCCGCCGUUCCCCCCGCACGCCGCCGCCUCGCCCGGCGGCUCCCGCGGGGCCUCGCCGCAGCACGCCGACCCCAAGGGCAGCGAGGAGAAGAAGGAGCCCGAAGCGGGCAAACCCAGCCCCGAGGGGACGGGCGGGGGGCUGGGGCGCGGGGCGGCGGAGCCCGGGGCGCACGGCGAGCCCCCUUCGGGCCGCAAGUCGGAACCCCCCGCCCUGCCGCCUGCCGGCCAUGUGGCUCCCGUCUCUCCCUACAAGCCGGGGCACUCCGUCUUCCCUUUGCCACCCUCCAGCAUCGGCUACCACGGCUCCAUCGUCGGUGCCUACGCCGGUUACCCAUCCCAGUUCGUGCCCGGGCUGGACCCCACCAAGCCGGGCCUGGUGGGCAGCCAGCUGCCGGGGGCACUGGGGCUGCCGGGCAAGCCGCCGAGCUCCAGCCCGCUCACCGGGGCCUCGCCGCCCUCCUUCAUGCAGGGAUUAUGCCGGGACCCGUAUUGCCUGAGCUACCACAGCGCCUCGCACCUGAGCUCCAGCAACUGCUCCAGCUGCGUGCACGACCCCGGCAGCCUCAAGAGCGGAUACCCUUUGGUGUACCCCACGCACCCCCUGCACUCGGUGCACACCACGCUCUCCUCCGGCGGCACCCCCAGCCUGCCCGGCCACCCCCUCUACACCUACGGCUUCAUGCUGCAGAACGACCCCCUGCCCCACAUAUGCAACUGGGUGUCUGCCAGCGGACCCUGCGACAAGAGGUUUGCCACCUCGGAGGAGCUGCUCACUCACCUACGGACCCACACGGCUCUGCCAGGGGCGGAAAAACUCUUGGCGGGUUACCCUACCUCCGGGCUGGGCUCUGCGGCCUCCUGCCACCUCCACCUCCCGCCCGCUGCCCCCGGGAGCCCCAACACGUUACCGGCCUCCCUCUCCUUGAGGAGCCCACACACUUUGGGACUAAACAGGUACCAUCCCUACGGCAAGAGCCACUUGCCCACGGCCGGCGCCCUGCCUGUGCCCUCCUUGCCGGCCGCCGGACCUUACUACUCGCCAUACGCGCUCUACGGCCAAAGACUAACUUCAGCUUCUGCACUGGGAUAUCAGUAACUGCGGCGGCUCCUUCCCCCUGCGCCAGCCUCCUCCUCUUCCUCCUCCUCGCCCCAGGCCCUCCCUCCUCCUCGCUCCCUCCUUGGACUGUGUAUUUAUUUACUGUAUGUUAGCUUAAAGCUGGGAAUAUAAGUGCAUUAAUACACCAAUGAAUCGAUGGUAUGCAAAAAGUCUGUGUCAAAAAAAAAAAAAAAAACCCACAAAAAACUAAAAAAAAAAAAGAACGAAAAAAAAGACAAAAAAUACUAUUCUUUCCUUUGCAGGUGUGGGGCUUUGGGGGUUUUUCCUCUCGUUUCUUUUGAUUUUUCCCUCCCCCCCUUCCCUUUUAAUUUCUCCCCUCCCUGAGAAAUUCUUGCAUGACUCCUGACACACAAGGCAAAAGAAAAAGGCAUUUUCCUCCUCCCCCUCCAUGUUUUCUCAUUCUGGAUUCUGUUCCUCCUCGUUUGUAACGUUACAAAUGGCAUUUUUUUUCCCCCUCUUUUUUUUUUUUUUUUAAUUUUUAAUUUUUUCUUUUAAAUUUUUAUUAUUUUUCGGGCUGCGGCGGGCGGGCAAAGCCCCGUCUGCACCGACCCCCCCACCCCCCCUCCAUCCCCUCCCCGUCCCACGCCGCAGCUUCCCACCGUGGGGAAGAGGGGGGCAGGACCCCGGUUGUAACCCCCGGGGCAGCGGCGAAGAGCGGCGGCGGUGGGCAGGAGCGGGGCGCCCCGCGGCCGGAGCAGCGGGAGGGCGGCGAGCGUGGCGGGUGGAUGAGCUCCGGCUUGGUAAGUCUUAUUUUGUUAAUAAAUGACUCUUGGUUAUA